AUGGCAACUCUCUACGCAAAAGACCAGCCGGCCGGCUUCAAGAACAACAUUGAAAAGGUGGCAAUUGUUGGUGCUGGCGGACAGGUUGGCAAAUUCAUCACUGAAGCCCUUCUUCAAAAAAGGCACUUCAAAAUCACGGCCCUCACUCGCCAAGAGAGCACAAGCGUCGUCCCAGAAGGGGUCGAAAUUAAGAAGGUCGACUACAACGAGCCAAGCACCCUUGUCGAGGCUCUCAAAGGCCAAGACGUCCUCAUUGUUACCCUGGCAGUAACUGUUACGGACGAAGCCGAGAAGCUGAACAAAGCGGCUGCUGAAGCAGGUGUCCCAUGGGUUCUGCCUAACGAAUUUGGCAGUGGAUCAAACAAUGAUGCAGUCAACCAGGACAUCAAGAUGGGAAUCCAGAAGCAGAACAUUCGUAAGCAGAUCGAGGAGCUCGGAACGAGCUCAUGGAUUGGCAUUGUGUCCGGUUUCUGGUAUGAGUACAGUCUUUCGGUCGGCUCGUGGUCCUAUGGAUUCGAUAUCAACAACCGCACCGUGACUUUUUUUGACGAUGGCACCCAGCAAAUCAAUACGAGCACCUGGCCACAAGUUGGCCGUGCUGUGGCGAACCUCUUGUCACUCAAAGUGCUCCCCGAGAACGAGAGCGACAAGAGGCCUUACCUUUCACAAUACAAAAACGAACUAGUUUACUUCUCGUCGUUUAAAGUCAACCAGCAGGAGAUGUUUGAGUCUUUACUGCGUGUAACAGGAACGAAGAAAGAUGACUGGAAAAUCAGCAACGAGUCCGUCAAGGCGCGUUUCGAAACGGGCAAGUCCAUGCUACAGUCAGGCGAUCGUCGUGGCUUCGGUUUAAUGUUGUAUUCGCGUUUUUUCUUCCCGGAUGCUCCUGGUAUCAAUCCCAGUAGCAGCAAUGCUGAUUUGGGACUGCCAGAGGAGAACCUCGACGAGUGGACAGGAGUGGCAGUCCAGAUGGCCAAGGAAAAUUACUUUGAGAAUGUUGUGGUACCUCGUACGACGGGACGUCGUUAG